AUGAAAUUCUCUACUGGCAUUAUGGGUACCUCGCUCCUUGCGACUGUCGCCAUUGCGGCACCCCUGACUGCUCAGCGCCAGGCAAGAAACGAGGCUCGUCGCCUUGCUCGCUCCAGCGGCCGCGCAAGCCACCCACCGUAUAAGCCUGGUACCAAUGAGAUUCUUCACCUGAACAAGACCUCGCAUGAGGAAUACAGCUCUAACUGGGCCGGUGCUGUUCUCAUCGGCACUGGCUAUACCGCUGUUACCGCGGAAUUCACCGUUCCCACUCCCAAGGAGCCGUCUGGGGGUUCCUCUAGCACUCAAUAUUGUGCCUCCGCAUGGGUCGGCAUUGAUGGAGAUACUUGCGGCACUGCAAUCCUGCAGACCGGAGUAGACUUCUGCGUGAAGGGGAGCUCCGUUUCCUAUGACGCUUGGUAUGAGUGGUAUCCCGAUUAUGCCUACGAUUUCAGUGGCAUCACCAUCGCCGCUGGAAACGUGAUCAAGGUGACCGUUGAUGCAACUUCUACGACUGCUGGCACCGCUACUGUUGAGAACGUCUCUACCGGAAAGUCCGUGACCCACACUUUCAGCGGUGGUGUUGACGGUACUCUCUGCGAGUAUAAUGCCGAGUGGAUUGUCGAGGACUUCGAGGAAAAUGACUCCCUUGUUCCAUUUGCCAACUUUGGCACCGUGACUUUCUCAAGUGCUGAGGCCACCGAUGGCAGCUCUACCGUUGGUCCAUCCGGUGCUACCAUCAUUGAUAUCGAGCAAAGCAGCAAGGUCCUCACCUCCAGCUCUGUUACCUCCAACAGCGUGACCGUGGAGUACGUCUAG